AGCCCAGCCUUCACUGCCGGUGCCACAGCUGAGUUCGCUGAGUCAGGCUGACUUGAAGAGACUUCCAGCAAACCUGCGACUAAGAAAGACCAUACUGAACCUGACUUCACAACACCUCCAGACUCACUAGACACUCGGACUGGUUGAGAUUUCUAAAGUCCUGGAGGUCAGGUUUUGCUCAAGACUGAAGAGCAGCAGGUCACUAAGAGGAAGAAAGUCUCAUUGCUAAACACCUGAGAGCACUGACUCUACAAUUAAGUGUCCAAAGAUGCAGGAGAAACACUUUUUUGGCCAAAGGAAAGCAGCAGUAGCACUGUGCAUUGUGCUUUUAAUGCUGGUUCAGCAGGUGUUUGCGGGUCCGUUGACCUCUCAGGUGCAGUCCAGCCCCGACCAGAGUGCUGAUUCAAGGGGGGAACAUAUCGUCCACACACUGAGGAGAAUAGCUCGGAUGACCCCACUGUGGAGAAUCAUGAACAGUAAACCAUUUGGAGCUUAUUGCCAAAACAACUAUGAAUGCUCCACAGGACUCUGCAGAGCGGGACACUGCUCCACCAGCCACCGCUCCCCCUCAGAGACCGUGAACUACUAGACGUCCUUGGACACAACCAGCGUGUUUACAUGAGUGUACAGCCAUAAUCCUUAUGAGGGGUUCUGAUGACUGGGAUAUGAAUUUACCAGGCUUUUUUUUUUGUUUAAACCUGAGUUUUGUAUUUAUAUGUGCCAAUACGUUUCUGAUGAUAUCUAAAUGUUUAUAUGGCUUUACACAAUAGGUAGUUAUAGCCAAGAAAAGGUGCGUUAUGGGGUAAGUUCACUGCUCCACUUUAUAGAUUUUUAAAAGGUGAAAAUAUCACUAAAGAAAGGAGUCAUUUAGCCUUUAUACUUGAUAUUCUCUGAUAGGAUAAGAUGUGAUCAGUGAGAAAGGGUUCAAAUAACUAAAAACACUUGUAUUUUUACUGCUAUGGACCAAAAAUCUUUCAUCCCUGAGCUGAGACUGCGAUUCAAAAUGAAAACAAAAGGAUCAGUUUUUAAUCUCAGAGGCUCCGUCCUGCCAGUUACUGUAGCCUUGAACAUGCCUCCAGAAAUUAAACAAUCAAGUCUGAUGCCUGCAUAGCUUCAUAUAAGGUUUUAAUGGUGACAGCCCAUUGUUUUACUCAUACAUCUUGGCGAUGAGACUCUUUAUCAGUUGUAUUAUUUUAAUAACAGAUAAUGAUGGCGGCAGCAGGGAAGACUGUGUACCUUUUAGAAGCUCCUGACCUUUAAAUCUUUCCCGAUUUCGUCACAAUCGUCUUGUGUCGAGCUCGAUAAGUUAUCACUUGGGUGCAUGUUAGACUUAGACUUAGACGGACUUUAUUGAUCCCUUUGGGAUGACUCCCUCUGGGAAAUUACGUAUGUUGAGAAAGUCUUAUCAUUGUACCGAUAAUGUGCUGCAUGGAAACACGAAUGCUUCCCUUUUACCAAGAGGAAUCGAUGGAUUUGGUUUGCAGAUGUGCUGCACUGUACCAGACAUCUAGCAUCCACUUAAUGUAAGAAUAAAAACAUAUAUAUAUGAGUCAGUUACUUAAAUUAUAACCAUUAUCUAUUAGUAACCAGCAGGAGCAUUAACAACGACAAAAAGACACAUUUUCACAACAGACCAAAAAAAUCAAAGAGCUUGAGAACUAAGGAAAUGACCUGGAGCUGACUUUCAGCCUUUGAACACACUGGCAGUUUGGUAAUACGAAGCACACAGUGUGUUUUGAAUUCCAGGAAUUUCAGUAAUAGCUGAAUCACUGGUAUAAAUCGACAAGUUCUGCAAAACUCAAACAGACGUGUGAUAUGUUGGAAUUACAGGAGUCGACGGUCAGAGGCAUAAAGUGUUCAAGAGAGGAAAAUGAAAGUAGGAAAAAAGGUAUAAAAGAAGAAAAUCAAGAUAAGACAGCAAAAAGGAAGAGGAAAAGAUAAAGAUGAAGCAAAGAGAGAGGGAGCAGAGGUUACAAAUACUGAAACAAUGCUUUUAACAUCUUUGAGGGUUUUUUUUAUUCCAGUUUUAUUCUUUUAAAAGUUAUAUUUAAAGUAAAGUUUGAUAGGCUACAAAUCCCUCUUCAAACACAUCAUUUAUACCAAAUGGAGGAUACAUAAACGUCAUUCAUAAUAUCUGUAAUGCAUGCAUGUUAAUUUUGUGUAAUGCAGUGAUUAUCUGAUCUUUUAUUUAUUUUAUCCUUGGUCUAAAUGUCAAAAAUGUACCCAUUUACAUCAUUUUAUGUAGUAUUUUUUAAACUAUAUAAAUUUGUUUGAUAUUUUAAUGGAUUGUUUUAGAAUAAUCAAUCACCCAGACUGGAUUUUUAAAAACUUUUCCAGUGGGAACUUUUAGAUAUCUCCUUGCUCAGACAAUCUUAAAUCUCUAACCAACAACAAAUCUAUCUAAUAUCCUGGUUGAGUGUACAACUUCUUCUUUCUUUUCUUUUCUUUUUUUUUUUGCACAUCCAUCUCCUCAAAUCAAAUAAGCGACGACAGAUUUCGCUUCGACUUGCCUGCACAGUUUACGUCAUGCACAAAGCAGGUGGUGGCUUAUAUUUUGUACACUCAACAUGUUUGAGAAAUGUUUGAGUAGGACUGCACUUUUAAACCCAAAUUAUCUUUGUACUGUGUACUGUCUACUGUAUGUACUGUGUUACUUACAUGUAGGGAGAGGGAGACAAAAGUGGAAUAAAAGCAUCGGAAAAAAAAAGAA